AUGUCCUGGUUCACCUCUCUGUUCUCUGCACAGCCCUCGAGCACAUCUUCUCCAUCCGUGCCCGAGCCUGCACACGCAAAGAGAUUACUCGAAGAAAAAGCACCACAGACUCCCUCGCCAGGCGCUACACGACCCUCACAGAUCAAUGAAAAUUCUCAUCCGCCCUCCACCCUGGAGCCUCAGCAAAACCCCCGACAGAACCGUAACGCCGUCAUCUUCUCCGCCGGCCUCGCCUUCUUCGCCUUCUCCAUGCUCAUCACACGCAGAGCAUUCGUGCGCCGCCGCCUCAGUGCCAAUCCGGCGUUCUACACCAACGGCCCGGCGCAUCACGAGGCACAGGCAGCAAAGGUGAGUGGGCCGCUAGAGGCUGUCGAGGCCCUCACUAUCGCAACCGUGAAUGUGCUGAGCGUUACUAUGAUGGCGACGGGCGGUGCGCUCUGGUACCUGGACAUCAAUAGUAUGCAAGACGCGAGGACGCUUCUCAGAGGUGGACUAGGAGUGGACGGUACUGGCCGAAGUGAACAACAAGCAGAAGAGGAGUUUGAGGAGUGGAUGGCGAGCACGCUGGCGAGGAAGGAAGCUAAGGUCGAAGCAAAGGGGAAGGUUAUGGCCGAGGUGGAGCGGGUCCGACGGGAGGGCCGAUGA